AAUCGUCAACCUCAUUGGCUAUGAGCCUAAAGAUGUUCUGGGCCGCACCGUCUACCAGUUUCACUGCCCCCGUGAUGUCAUCAUGUGCAUGCACUGCCACCGAUCUCUCAUGACUAAUGGCAGUGUUAAGUCGACGUACUACAGAUUUCUGUCGAGAACAGGAGCUUGGGUGUGGCUUAUUACACAUGCGACCAUCGUCUACGACACGGCCCAGAAGCCACAGUACAUUGUGUGCAGAAACUAUGUUGUUACCCAUGAGGAAGCUGAGAGAGCUUUGUCCAGAGACAAGUCAGAGUUUAACAGGAUGAGAUGCCUGGGCUUCAGUCUGGAGACAGAGCUUCCUUUGCCCAAGUCUGUGACUGUCCCUAAGCAGCUGACCAUGGCUCAUUUCAGCCCAUUGAAACCGGUAGAUCCCCUCAAGCGUUUGGACAGUAUCUUCAGCAUACCUCCGGUUGAUGUUUCUAGCAAUCCUUACGUACGAAGAGGUCGCAAAUCCAUGAGAUUUGAGGAUGAUGAUUUUGAAAAUCCACUUGUUGAAUCCCGACAUGAAAGCCAGCGUUCAGACUGCAGUGAUUCUGUUAUAAGCAACUCUACUGUUGACUCAAUGCAGGCUUCAACUGGAGUCAGUGACAGCCCUGUGAUGAGUAUUCAGACGGACAGGCGUCUUUCUCAACUCUCUGACACCUUCUCAGCAUAUAGUGGUUCUUGUUGCAUGGACAUUGUUCCUUCAUCUGCUUCCACAAUGCUGACAGUUCCUCAAGACAGUGCAAUGAGCGAGACUGACCUGGGUACACUUGAUUUAGGUGAUGAGUAUACUCUCUCUCCUGAUUCGGACAUGAUUAUCACUCAGAGCGAUCUGUCAUCUGGAGGUCUUCAACCACUGAAGCUGCAGGAUCUUGGUCAAAGCCCCCGAAUGCAAAAUAAAACUAAUGUUUCUACUAGUGUUAAUGAUUCUCUCUCAAAUCUCAAUGUUAUGGCAUCAUUAAGCAGUAGUAUGAGUGUGGCAAAGGAAAAUGAUGUACUGAAUGCUCCAUUUCAGUCUAAUCAAAAUAUAGAUCCAAAUUCUAUGCUGUCAGAUUUUUCUUCUUUCAUCAUGCCAGAGCCAGGUCCCCAGAAUUUUGUGGAUGAUCUGUUUGCAGAAGAGACUAAUAUAGAGGGCAAUCUACAGAAUGUUCUUCCCAUGUCUGGAAAUAUGAACACCCAGCAUGGUGUUGGAACUGCUGACGAAGUCAACACCUCUGAAAGUUUCCCUGGUAAUUUUGACCUGAUGUGGCAGUCUACCCCGAGUGUGCAGGUCAGUAUUGGAGAAGAUUUUUCUGCUGGUCUCUCCUCCUCUCAAGAAGGGGCACAAAUUGCAGGAAAUGCAGUAACCUUAACUAGUAGUCCCAGCACCUCCUUGCACAACUCUCAGCUUCCACCUUCAAGCUUGUACUCAACACCGGGAGAAGUUGAAUCUUUUCUGUGUGGAAUCACUGAUAGAAUUACUCGAAAGUCUAUAGACUUCCCAUCUGUUUAUGGCCAGGAAGAAGUGGAGGCUGCUGACUUGCUAAAUGAGACUGAUGUCACAACAUUAUUGACAAAUAAUGGGUCUGACCCAUUUUUGAAUGGUAUGUCAAUGGAUACCUCCGAGUUCCCUACAGAUCUGGACACCAACUUCACUCUCAAAUCUACGAUUCCAUCUUGUCUUUCAUCCCAGAGCCCAUCUCUAAAUGAGAAAUCUUCUAUGAAUGCCAGUCAAGGUUCACCAGUGUCAAAGAUCACUUUCAUGUCCAGUUUUGAUCCCACUGUCAUGAACAGUAAUAAAUCAUCAAGGCCAAAUCAAUGUUCAACGCUUUGCUUUGGUGUUGGAGGAUCCAAUACCUGCAUUAAUAUAUGUACUCCCAGCUCAGGUUCUGUGAGCCAGGCUUCAGACAAUCAAUUCAUUCCUUCGCAGCAGACUUCAGCAUCACCUCCCAGAGCUUCCUUGGGUCUGGAAUAUGAGAGUGAAACUUUAAGAAGACAAUCUCUACUCCGAACUCUGUUAGAUAAGGGAGAAACAGUUCAAGGGCCAUUGACUCAUGAGGAAUGGAUUCUGACUCAGUCUCUUUCAAAGCAGAAUGAUCCAAAGAAAGACAAAUGUACAAAAAAUGAGCGUGAGGUGCAGGCAACUAGUAAACGACACAAGAUCGUCAAAAAUGGAGGUAGGAAGUCCACUGAACUUCCUCUGCCUCAGUCGUCCUCCUUGAGUUCCACAUCAAAAUUCCGGAAGGGUGGUUGUGAUGGCAAGAUGAAGACAAAGGAGUUGCCCUUACCUCUCCGACCCUGUACUUCAGUCUCAGUGACUGCUGGGGAGAACAGAAGCAAUCAACUUUUCAGCACAUGCCAUCAAGGCACCGCCAUGAUGCAAGAGCAAGCAAAUUAUGAUAGUAUGGCAAAUCAACAGGUUCCCUCUGAGAGACACAUUGAGAUGGAAGAUUUUGAUUUUCCAGAUGACCUUCUUGAUCUAGAUGUUGAAAGCUGUGGACCCAUAGGCCAUGAUCAAGCACAAGCUUUGAUCUCCGAUUUGAGUAGUAAUGCAUCAUGGGAAGACAGUUUGUACACUUUCAUUGAGGCACAAAUCAAGGCACAGGUCAGUUCGUGUAUGGAUCAAGCACCAUCUCAGACCCCAGUAACUUCUACACUGGCCUCUCUGCCUGUACAGUCAUCAGCCAGUUGUCAUGGGCAGGGGACGUCCAUGAGCUCUUCACCUCCAGUUGGUUCUCCCACAGGGAAGACAAGUUUACUCAGAGCAGCAGUCACUAAUCCAGACAUGGACAAACUUAUUGAACAGUUUCCAUUUCACACAGCUCAGACCUUCUCUUCUCAGAUGCCCCAGCAGACUCAAGAACUUCCCCCCUGUGGUCCCACUGUUGCUCAAAAGGUUGCGGCUUAUGAGCAAAGCAUUAUGGGAUCAUCCCCACCCCUUCAUACCUCCCACAAAGUCAACUGCAAAAUUUCUGCUCCAAUGAAGUCACCAGCUAGGAUGAUCUCCUCUGAAAAAAGUGACCAUGAGCAGUCCUACUUCAGUAACUCAAAGUCACCGAAGACAAUGAGCAUCUUUGGAAAGAGCCCAUGUUCAGCUGCAGCCAAUGUAAUGAGAACAUCUGCUAGUCCUGCCACUUCCUUCCCUCCUCAGAUGUCCCAAAUGCGCCGAUCUACUCCGCAGAAAUCAUUUUCCCCACCACAGACUAGCCCUACAAGUCGCUCGAAAACUUCGUCUCCAAGGGGCUCCGGGUCUGCAGAUCCAUCAUCUUCAUCUUCAGAACCUGUGUCUGUCAUGGUCUUGCGCAAGGAAAGUGGGCGUUCUCGUAAAUCCAAAAGUAUCGCCAUACAAACUGAAAGCAACUCCCAAGAAGUAUACCCAGAGUUUGAACUUAGUGCAUCUGACACAGUCAUGUAUCCAUCUGUAUCAUUCUCCUCACCCCCGGAAGCAUCCAGAAGAACUCCAGCACUCAGCGUUCCCUCUCCUGCGUCAUCUGCAGCUUCACCGAGCAUGACAGAGCUGGAGAAAUUCCUUAGAGGGCAGUCUGAUGCACAGGAUGGCUCAACACAUGAUGGCAACAGUCGGGAUGGCAGUGGUGCCGGCACUCCUUUCCUGCAGAGGCUACUCACGGGUGAGCUGAGUCGCGAUAACUACCAGAGGCUCGACCAGCAGAUGAUGGAAGAGGAAAGGAGGGAAACUGCAUUUCCUUCAGCAAGAUGUGAGAUGAGAGAACACAAUUUCUCUUGACAUGUUCUUGUGAUUCUUAUUCUUUCAGGUCAUAAAUGCAUCUCCUUCACAUUUUUUUUCAAAUUUUUUUUUGCCCAUACAGCUUUUUAUGAUAAUUACAUUUUUCAGCUCUUAAUCUGCUGGUAAUGCUAUCAUUGACAGUGAUGUACUUUGUCCUUCAGUUGCCAUUGGCAUUGCCACUAGACAUCUUUGCCAUAACUUUUGCAAACUCAACACAUUUAUUUUAUUGUUUGAUGAAGUGUGCAUGAAAAAUAGACUUUCAUGUAUGCUUUUAUAUAUGUUUUGUUUGCUUUAAAUGCUUUGUAAAUAGUUUUUUUUUUAAAUAUUGAUGUAGCCACGUAAAAUAUUUCUCUUUAGCUCAACAGAGAAAAGCAGCUUUUCUCAAAAAGGCCUCUUCACAAAGAUGUUAAAAUAUUCUUGUUUAAAGUGUCUAGUUUUUUACUUUUUUUGGGGGUGCAGGAUCAGUUUUUAAUGUUUUUUGAAAAUCCUAAUCACACUAAGAUAAAAAGAUUCUUAUGUACAAAAUUUAAAUAGAAGGCUCGUCUUUCUAGUUGGAAAAGGUCUUAAACUUUGAUGUAAAAAUUAGACCAGUAGAUGGCAGGUUGUUUAGAUUUUAAAAAAGAAUCUUAGAGCAAAAUAUAGCCACCAUGUCCUUUUGUCUAUUGACUACUUACUUCCAAUAAUUGACUCAUUUUGUCAAACUGCAUUUCAUUUGCUUUUUAAAAAAAUGUUUUGAGGCAUGCUACUGAAUUUCUCUUUUCACCUAGCUGGGAAUGAAAUUUUUAAGGAUCAUGAGAUCUAUGUCAUAAUUUUUCUUUUAAAGAUUGUAGAUUGUGGGCUUAUCUUCUUUAAGAUCAUCUAAAAUUCAGCUCUUAUUCCUUGGAUGCUGGCUAAUGUGCCAUAUUUUCUUUACUUUUUAUCACAUUUGAUGCUCAUUUAUUAUAACCUCUCUCUCUCUCUCUCUCUCUCUCUCU